GAAAAUGGGAGGCUGGGGAGGUCCUAUGAAGGCAAGCUCUCUAGUGGUUGUUUUUUGUUUUUCUUUGUUUCAAGGGAACCCUGGUUAAAAAUAUCUAAGAGCAUUUCUCAGCAGAACUCCAGCUACCACCUGGUUGCUUCACGAUACCUCAUGGCUCGAGGCUGUCCCGAGCUCUUCCCCUUCCCCCCCAUCCCUUCUUCUUCCCAUCAGGUCACCCCACUCCUCCCAGACUGUACUGUCCUCUGAAUCCUCCUCAUGGCCCUCACGGGAGGCCUACUGAGUGACCUGUAGAUCCACGUGUAUGGCGUGAGCCAAGCUGACCCACUCUGGUGCCCUCAGGGUCCUCAUCUACUAAGGGAUGGGGCUAGCCUUCUAGAAUUUCACUAUGACAGCCCUAUGGAUCUUUGGGCCCACUGCCUUUCCCAGCAAAGUACACAGAAACCAUCUUCCUUGACUCAUGCAAGAAACCAGGAUGGCAACCUCAGCCCCCACAAAGGACUAUGACAUGACAACAGAAUAUGACUAUGAGGGCAUAACCCCAUGCCAGAAGGAAGAGGUGAGGGCCUUUGGAGCUCAGCUGCUGCCCCCCUUGUACUCCCUGGUGUUCAUCACUGGCCUGGUGGGCAACAUCCUGGUGCUCCUGGUCCUCAUGCAGUACAAGAGGCUCAAGAGCAUGACCAGCAUCUACCUCCUCAAUCUGGCCAUUUCAGACCUGCUCUUCCUCUUCACGCUGCCCUUCUGGAUUGACUACAAGCUAAAGGAUGACUGGAUUUUCAGUGAUGGCACCUGUAAGUUGCUCUCGGGGCUUUAUUACACAGGCUUGUAUAGCGAGAUCUUUUUCAUCAUCCUGCUGACCUUCGACAGGUACCUGGCCAUCGUCCAUGCUGUGUUUGCCCUGCGGGUUCGGACUGUCAUCUUUGGGAUCAUCACCAGCAUUGGCGCCUGGGGCCUGGCCAUCUUGGCCUCCAUCCCAGGCUUCUACUUUUCCAAGAUCCAGCAGGAGUUCUCCCAUAGCACCUGCAGCCUCCACUUCCCUCACAGAAGCCUCAAAGCCUGGAAACAGUUCCAGGCUCUGAAACUGAACAUGUUGGGGCUGGUUCUGCCUCUGUUGGUCAUGAUCAUCUGCUACACAGAGAUCAUACAGAUUCUGCUCAAACGACCCAACGAGAAGAAAGCCAAAGCCGUCCGUCUGAUCUUUGUCAUCAUGAUCGUCUUCUUUCUCUUCUGGACCCCUUACAACCUGGCAGUGCUGGUCUCUGCUUUCCAAGACAGCCUCUUCACCGAUGAGUGCAGACAGAGCAAACAGCUGGACCUGGCCAUGCAGGUGACGGAGGUGAUCGCUUACACGCACUGCUGCGUCAACCCCAUCAUCUACGCCUUCGUCGGGGAGAGGUUCCGCAGGUACCUGAGCCAGCUGUUCAGCCGGCUGCUGAACAGGCUCCCCUUCCUCUCCACCGACAGGCUCGAGAGGGCUAGCUCCGUGUCCCCCUCCACGGCGGAGCAUGAACUCUCCGCUGGGUUCUGACUCGGGCCCCUGGAGGCCGGUCCGGGACCCAGCAAGGGCGACCUGCCCGGCACGCUGACCCAAGCCGAGGCACGUUGGGACACCUGGCGCAGCACGGAAUUGCAGACGCGUGGGGGUGAGGAAGUUUAAUGGCAGUCUAGACUAAAUCACUCCCGGGGCGACUGAGUCCUCUCCAAGAACUCCUCCGUGGUAGGAAGGAGGUGAAGGAGUGGAAUGGGACAUUCCAGAAGACCGGGAUGGAGGGUGCCAGGGAAGCGCUUGGGCCCAAAGGGGAGUUCAGACUUGUGAGCAUUACCAUUUGUAAAUAGAGCCACCGAGCAUGGGGGGGGGGGGGGGGGGGGGGGCGCCCCUGCCCCCACCGCCAGUGAACUUGGAAGUAUUGAUUUCCUGCUGACUCCACUCUGAGCGGGGAGCCAAUCAGGAGCCAGCAGCCUCCUCCCCAACCUCACCUCCCCCCCACUCCCCCACCCCCACCCCCACCCCCACCCCCACUGCAGGGUUUAGGCUCUUGGAAACCCUGAGGAACCAGGAACUCUCUGAUGGGACAACUCGAGCCCUAGUGGGAAAUAGGAUUGGGGAACUGCCCUCGGCAGUGGAACGGAGAAAGCCCUUGGGGAGAAUUUUUAUAUUUGCAAAAAUCAAAACAAUUCAGGUGGUGGGCUAGACACAGAUUGGGCGAAUAAUACGUUUGAUUUCUUGAAAUAGCCACAGAGGGGAGGGAGUCUUUAUUUCCAUUUACCAGUUUCUUCUUUCUGAGUAUUUUCCCAGAGUCUCCCUUCCUUGUAAGUUGGAUGAGGCGGGAGUACAUUCUGAUGGCUUUAUUGCAGAAAUUAAUAUCAGGCAAAAGGAGACAGGGUCCAUGUCCCUGUUCUGCUUCCCCACCGAAGCCUUCUGGUUUUAAGGAUCAGAGUUCUGGCUGUUAGGUUGGGCCCAUCCGCAGGAAAAAUGACCUGGUGUGCAAGCUGACAGUGUCUGAGGCUGAGAGGGAGGGGGGCUGAGGUGGGGACUCACCCACCUUAAUGUGGAAGGUUGAGAGGACCCUUAAUUAAAAGAAACAUAUUUCCCCUAAAUGUCCUUAACACUUGAUCUCUCACCAGGGACCUCCUGGUCAUCACAUCUUUCUUCCCUUUUCCCUAGGAUGUGUAUUUCUUUAAAAAUCAUUUUCCCAAUGACAAAAACACAGCUUAAAAACUCAAAGGGAAAAAGAGAACACCCAAAGCACCAAUUCUCACUACCCAAAGACAACGACUGUGCGCUCUUCUAUGUAUUCUCUUUUAGUUUGGUGUUUGUUUUCUCCUGUGUGUAUUUACAACGAUGACAAAUACGGACUUCGACUGUACUCUUGUUGUUUUUGUUUUUGAGUAGCAGUAUGUUGGGGUCUCUUUCCCAGGUGAAUAAAUCAUGUUAAAG